GAAAACGUUUAAAAAAUUUUUAUUUUCUUCUGAUCAAAUUAGAAAAAUUUCAAACAAUUACAAAAUAACAAAACCUACAUAAACAAUGACAUAUUAUUCCCGUAAAGAAAUCGAAGAUCUUCAUUCAGACAUAACAUCAAUUGUCUCCAAAUCCGUCGGCUCCGAAGAUCGCACUCUAGUUAGUGCAAUCGAGCAUUGUCUCUACAAUGGCUAUGACAAACGCCGAAUUGGUGAUAAGAUUGCUUCAUCCAUGGACGCCAAAAAAGCAUCUCGCCUAACUGACAAAAUUCUACAACAUUUAGAAGACUAUCGAAAUAGUACACAAAAAGCUAAAAAAAGAACCAACGAAGAGUCGAGGGGAGACAAUAAAGAUGUUAAAAAACAGCGUGUAGAGGAGCUUAAAGCUCCUCCAAUGGGUGCUUCUAAUCCAACAGCACCAAAACAACCAGAUGCCAAACCAACACCGAGUAAUCUUAGUUCCACACAAAUUAAAUUGAUGAUGGCAAAUGCCCAACGAGAAAUCGAAGAACGUAAACGGGCUUUGAAUAAUCUCAAAGCCCAAGAUCCUAUUCUAGCUGCAGUUCCUCAAAUUGGACUUCCAGUUGCAUUAGCUACUCAGGUUCUAGCUAAAAAACCUGAAGAUUCAGAGAAAGCACGAAAAAUCGCUGAACUUCAAGCUCAAAUUCGUGCAAAGUUGUCUGGAACUUUGGCAAACAUUAUUCCGCCUGUUGUCCAAGACCGCCCUAAACCAUUGAUUCUUGACGAUGAAGGUCGGACAAUUGACAAGAGUGGAAGAGCUGUUAAUAUUCCCACUUUGACACCGACUUUGAAAGCAAACAUCCGCGCAAAGAAACGCGAAGUCUUUACCAAGAAUCAAGUUGUUGAUAAAUCUCUUACCGACGAGACUGUUAAGUUCUUUGAUGACCGAAUUGCUUUGAAACCAACCAUUCGCAAUAAGAGAACACUUCGAUUUCAUGAACCUGGCAAGUUUUUACAAAUGGCUGAGAGAAUGCGAAUGAAAUCGCAGCUGGAGAAGUUACAGAAUGAGAUUUCCCAGAUUGCUAGAAAGACUGGCAUCAGUUCGGCUACUAAGUUGGCUUUAAUCGCUCCCAAACAGGACACUCCUGAUGAUGUACCCAGUAUGGAAUGGUGGGAUUCGGUAAUAUUGACGAAUGACUUGAAUACACUGGAUAACAAUGGAAAGAUUUGUAUUCGAAGGUCGGCCAUUACAAAUCUGAUUGAACAUCCAACACAAAUGAAGCCACCAAAUGAACCAUUAAAGCCAGUUUACCUGCCAGUAUUUCUGACCAAGAAGGAACGAAAGAAGUUACGUCGUCAGAACCGCCGCGAAGCCUGGAAGGAGGAACAGGAGAAGGUCCGUCUUGGUUUGGUCCCUCCACCGGAGCCAAAGUUGCGAAUUUCCAAUUUGAUGAGAGUACUCGGUUCCGAAGCUGUCCAGGACCCAACUAAAAUCGAAGCCCACGUUCGAGAACAGAUGGCCAAACGACAGAAAGCCCACGAAGACGCAAACAAUGCAAGGAAACUAACCGCCGAACAGAAACGAGAGAAAAAGAUUCGCAAAAUCAAAGAGGACACCUCGUGUGGAGUCCAUGUGAGUGUAUAUCGCAUUCGAGAUCUUCAGGACAAUGCUAGCAAAAAGUUCAAAGUCGAAACAAAUGCCAAACAACUACACAUGACUGGCUCCGUGGUGCUAUUCCGAGAUUGCUGUGUCGUCGUGGUCGAGGGAGGACCAAAGCAACAGAAAAAGUACCGUCGACUGAUGUUGACCAGAGUCAAGUGGGAAGAGGAUAUGGUAAAGAACCCCGACGGCCAGGAGGUGCCGAAUUCAUGUGUGUUAGUUUGGGAGGGAACCAGUCAACGGCGACAUUUUGGGGAAAUCAAAUUCAAGGUGUUCCCUAUGGAGAAGAUGGCUCGUGAGUUCUUCCAGAAGCACCAGGUCGAGCAUUACUGGGAUUUGGCCUAUUCGGGAGCUGUCCUAGAAGCAGCCACUGAUGCUUAAAGUUUGCAAACUAU